CACUGUGGUCUCCCCGACCCGCGGAGUGCUCCUGAGGCGCGCGGACGGACUACAUCUCCCAGAGGCCUUUGGGCGGGCGGGGGGCGGUGUGCGCGCAAAGCCCCGCGGGGCUGAGGGUCUCGUCCUCCCGGCGCCCGGACCCCGGCCUGUCUUGGCGUCCGUUCGGCCUCGGGCGCCUGGCCUCCCGAGCUUCGUGCCGUCGAGGACCUUGGUGUCGUUGAACCCACGUCGUCGUCGAGCCUGGCUUUGGGCACUUGUUCGUGGGCGUGCGUUUCUGUUUUCCUCUAAAUGUACCCAGGAGGCUUCUCAACAGGUGUCAGAACAGCUCCCCAGAGCCCUGUGUGUCCACCCAGGCCAGCCGUGGAAGGAGCCUCCCCCUUCUGAGCACCUGGGAUUUGAGGUCCAGAAGCAGCAAAGAUGUCCAAUGAGCCACCCCCUCCAUAUCCUGGAGGCCCCACAGCCCCACUUCUGGAGGAGAAGAGCGGAGCCCCCCCUCCCCCAGGCCGCACCUCGCCAGCUGUGAUGCAGCCCCCUCCGGGCAUGUCCAUGCCCCCUGCAGACAUUGGCCCCCCACCCUAUGAGCCACCGGGUCACCCAAUGCCUCAGCCCGGCUUCAUCCCCCCCCAUGUGAAUGCAGAUGGCACCUACAUGUCUCCAGGUUUCUACCCUCCUCCAGGCCCCCACCCACCCAUGGGCUACUAUCCACCAGGGCCCUACCCACCGGGGCCGUACCCUGGCCCUGGGGGCCAUACUGCCACAGUCCUGGUUCCUUCAGGGGCUGCCACCACGGUGACAGUACUACAAGGAGAGAUCUUUGAGGGCGCCCCUGUACAGACGGUGUGUCCCCACUGCCAGCAGGCCAUCACCACCAAGAUCUCCUAUGAGAUCGGGCUGAUGAAUUUUGUGCUGGGCUUCUUCUGCUGCUUCAUGGGGUGUGACCUGGGCUGCUGCUUGAUCCCUUGUCUCAUCAACGACUUCAAGGAUGUGACGCACACAUGCCCCAGCUGCAAAGCCUACAUCUACACGUACAAGCGCCUGUGCUAACGGAGCCAGGACUGGACUCCCUGCUGUCAGUCUGGCCCCCUGUGCUUUUGCUCCCCUUGCUCAGUGGCUUGCUUCCCUGCUCCCACUUGGGGGUGGAAGCCGUCCCACCAGUCCCCUGGAAGUCUUGUCCUCUUUGGCUUGCCCUUCCCUGAGCAUCGGACUCUUCUGGCAAAAAUUCUGUUGGAUUUAAGGCCAAGGGUCAGCAGGUGGCAGGGGGAUAGCACAGAGCCUGUGUGUUGCUGGUUUGCUUGAUGUUUGUGAUCAGGACGAGAAGCUGGGAAGGGUCUCCUCACUCCAUUUCUGGACGGAGCAUAGAUUUGGUCCUAACUGUCCCUGGGACCAGAAGCAGUCAGAGCAGACCUGGGGCCUGCAGUGGGGCUGUACCUGUAGCCACAGUGAUUUCUCAUCUGCUGGGCCAAAAGUGGGAAAAUGGACCAAAGCAGGACAGGGUCCUCAGGCCUGGCUUUAUUUCUGGGGUGCUAGAGGUGGGUAUGAUGAUUAGAAGGAAUGACUCUGGCCCUCAGAACUCUAGAACUCUCAACACUCUAUCCAAGGGCCUGGGAGUCCCCUGGGUAAGGUAGAGCGAUCAGCACACCUGCAGAUCAUGGGCUGGGUGCUGAGGCCCUGGCUCGCCAAGAAGAGACUUGCCUCUGGCACCCCCUGCCCAGCUCCCUUUCUGGCCUGCCCUCUACAAACCCCCAUCUUGGCUAGGGCCAGGAGGAGUGCCCAGGAGCCUAGCCCAUCUGUCUGUACCAUGUCCUUGCUGUACCUACUGGGCGUCGGCAAGACCUUGCCCAGUGGCCGGUGUGUCCCAAAUAGGACUGGAGAGGACAGAGAGAAGGGGCCUCCUUGCAAGCACACACAGAUUUGUAGUGUGCUCUCCAUGUAUCCUCUUCCCAGCAAAUGCUGGGCCCUUUGCCCUUGCUGACUUGCUGUCACUGUGCUUGUUUCAACAGCAGGUACUGCAGCAGGAGCAGCUGUCAGGCACUGGACUGGGACAGGCUGGGGACAAGAAAGGAGCAGCCACAAGUGGCGGACGUGCCUUGGUGGACAUCUGCCCUGGGCCUGAGCCCACACUGUAUUUACUGAAUGGUUUGUCUGUGAACUUGCUUAUGUGGACCGCUGUAUCCUGCUGCCACCCCUCUCCUGGUUUCGCACUGCCACUGCAUGGCCUUCUGUCACUGUGAAUCAUGGCUGGUCUCAGUUUGUAGUUUCUCAUUAAAUUGGCCCUCUCACUCCCCUGCCCUGGGCCUCUCGCUCUCUUGCCUGGCUUCCUUCUUUGAGGGGAAAAAGGGAGGGGGGCUAGAAGUGGUCUAGGGGCUGGGGCUUGAGUCCUCAGGGUCUUCGUGCUUCUGCUAUACUGACUGCCCAGGGGUGACGCCAAAACCCAGUGUAGACCAGCCCCAGGUUCUAGCUGGGACCAGACUGGGGUAGGAGUUGACUUCAUUGCACUAUAAGGUUACCUUCCUAUCUCUGACACUGAUUUCACCCAUCUCCAUGCCAUGGUCUCUGCCCACACAAUCUGCAGGCUGGAGUCCCCCUGGCUUGAGCUCUGGGUCAUCCUACCCUGUAGGCAAAUACCCUUUUCCCCCUUAAGCCAGACACAGCCACUGGGGCUGGGGUUUCUGGUCUGAAAGCAGCCAGUCGGCCCCCCUGGUUCUGAGCCAGCUCCACCCCCAUCCUCAUCUGAACUGUGAAAAUGGGUAGGCUGGGUCAGCAGUAGGAAGACAAAGUUUUCCCUGCCAUUUAACCCUUUUCUGAAUAAAACUUUUGCAGAUCCUCAAUAUAUUAAACAAGAAACAGCUUCCUAUCAAUAAAAAUAUUUAAGUUUG